AUGUACAACAAAACAUUUAUUGUCAAAUGUGCCUUAGGAUUUCAACUUACAAAAGAUAAUGAUGAUUCUCAAGACGAUAGUGUUGCUCGUCUUAUGGUUUUACGUGUCUUUGAUUUCGAUACGCGUGAUGUUGCUGCAAUACUUCAGCAACAAAACGAAAUUGUUUGGACUGAUACACGUAUGAAUAAAUCAUUGAUCAUCACUCUGUUACGCAGCGCCGAGAAAAAUUCAAAUGAAUAUGAUGACCACAUCACCAAAACAACUUCUGAUAAACCACAAGGCAACGAAUGGACUAUAGAAGACGAUAUGGCUGCAGUUUAUGCAUUAGAAAGUUUUAAUUUAGCGUUGGUAGAUUUGAAACGCUACUUUUACUAUGAAGAAGAUUUACUGCACGUUUUACAAAAUGAUAUGAAUCCAAGUGAAGUGUUAGGUUAUUGUUGA